AUGCCUGUUAAAAUAAGAGAAAUUGAAAAAGAAACAUUUUUAGCUAAUUUACAAUUAAAUAUUGAAUAUUUACAAAAAUGGGAAAAAUUGGAAAAUGAAUUGAAAAAAUAUAAAAUUGAAACAGAAAAAUUAAUUAAAAAUAAAGUUAUUUCAAAUAAUGAGAAAGAAAGUGCCAAAACAAAAUUAGAAUGGUCUAAUAAAGAAUUGGAAAAUAUUGAAAAAAUAAUUUUUGGAAUUAGAGAAAAUUUGACAAAAAUACCUAACGAAAAAUUAAAAGAAAAUUAUGAUGGAAGUAAAUUAAUAUCAAUUAAAAAUUUAUUAGAGAAUAAUAAUAUAGCUACAAUAAAUGUAAAUGAUUUGGUUUGUGGGUAUUUAUAG